GGCAGAUCCUCCCGCCGGGCGAGCGGCGUCCCUGCUGCUGCGCUCGCCCAGGCCCUGGGCUGCGGGCUCCCGGCCGCCCGCGAAAGCAUGGCCCGGCCGGUGCAGCUGGCGCCGGGCUCGCUGGCGCUGGUGCUGUGCCGGCUGGAGGCGCAGAAGGCCGCAGGGGCCGCGGAGCCAGGCGGGCGCGCGGUGUUCCGCGCCUUCCGUCGUGCCAACGUGCGCUGCUUCUGGAACGCGCGACUAGCGCGCGCCGCCUCGCGGCUGGCCUUCCAGGGCUGGCUGCGGCGCGGGGUGCUGCUGGUGUGCGCGCCACCCGCCUGCCUGCAGGUGCUGCGCGACGCCUGGCGGCGCCGGGGACUGCGACCACCGCGAGGCUUUCGCAUCAGGGCGGUGGGUGAUGUCUUUCCAGUGCAAAUGAAUCCAAUAACUCAAUCUCAGUUUGUACCUUUGGGUGAAGUUCUUUGCUGUGCUAUAUCUGAUAUGAAUACAGCUCAGAUUGUAGUAACACAGGAAUCACUUUUGGAGCAUUUGAUGAAACAUUACCCAGGUAUUGCAAUUCCAUCUCAAGAUAUUCUCUAUACCACUCUGGGAAUGCUGAUUAAAGAAAGGAAGAUUUAUCACACUGGAGAAGGAUACUUCAUAGUUACUCCUCAGACUUACUUCAUUACAAAUACAACCACCCAGGAAAAUAAGAAAUUCCUGCCAUCAGGUGAAAGUCACCCGAUGCCAGCUUCCAUGACAUAUCUGGUGAGCAUGGAGAGCUGUGCAGAGUCAACCCAAGAGAAUGCUGCCCCCAUAUCCCACUGUCAGUCUUGCCAGUGUUUUCAGGACGUGCACACUCAGGACGUUCAGGAACCACCACUUGCUGCAGAAGUGACUAGGAACAGUCACAGAGGUCUUGGGGAAUCCGUACCUUGGGUACAGAAUGGGGCAGUUUCAGUGUCUGAGGAGCACCACAUGUGUGAGAGCACCAAACCUUUACCAUGCACAAGAGAUAAAGAAAAAGGCAAGAAGUUUGGUUUUAGUCUCUUAUGGCGCAGCAUAUCUAGAAAGGAGAAGCCCAAAACAGAACACAGAAGUUUCUCUGCUCAGUUCCCACCCGAAGAAUGGCCUGUCCGAGAUGAAGAUGACUUGGACAAUAUACCUCGAGAUGUUGAACAUGAGAUAAUCAAACGAAUUAACCCCAUUUUGACCGUUGACAAUUUAAUCAAACACACUGUCUUAAUGCAAAAAGACGAAUUACAGAAAAAAUAUAAUAGCCAGGGCACUUCCACUGAUGUGCUGACAAUUGGGCAUAAAUAUCCUUCAAAAGAGAGAGUUAAGAAAAGGCAGAGUCUGUCUGUAAAAACUCAAGGGCGGGGCCAUUCUCGUAGGGAUAGACACAAAGCCAGGAAUCAGGGAAGUGAACUUCAGCCAGGAAGCAUUAGACUGGAGAAACACCACAAGCUCCCUGCUACACAGCCCGCCCCCAGAAUUAAAAGCCCAGAUGAAAUGGUAGGUCAGAAACCACUUAGUGAAAUUACAACAGUGCUAGGUUCCCAUUUGAUUUACAAAAAGCAAAUCAGUAAUCCUUUUCAGGGUUUGUCUCACCGAGGAAGCACAAUAUGCAAAGGGUACAAAAUUCAGAAGACCAGUGAUCUGAAACCCAGCCAGACUGGACCAAAGGAAAAGUCUUUCCAAAGGCCUAGGUCCUUGGAUUCCUCAGGAAUCUUUGAUGGUAAAGCCAAACAGCCAUAUGCUGAACAGCCUAAUGAUAAUCUGGAAGCAGAAUCCAUUUACAUAAAUGACCCUACUGUCAAACCCAUCAAUCAUGACUUCAGAGGUCACCUCUUAGAUCACCCUCAACAUAUCGUCUUGCAAAAUGAUGGUAAAUGCUGUCCCUUUACAGAUAACAUGUUGAGAUAUGAUGGGUAUAGUGGAGAAAAUGAGGUAAAUCCUGAAGUCUUGAGGGAAAGUCAUUCCCACUUUGACAAGUUAGGGGAAACCAAAGAGACUCUGCAUAGUGGGCCAUCACGAGGUGCCUCCUCCUCAGACCGAACACCCUCUGCUUGUAGAUUAGUGGAUAACACCAUACACCAGUUUCAAAAUCUUGGCCUUUUGGAUUACCCAGUUGGCAUGAACCCUUUAAGACAACCUGAGAGAAAUGACAGAGACUCAGAAGAAUUAUUGAGAAAAGGAUUUGUCCAGGAUGCAGAGACUAUGAGCCUAGAAAAUGAAGGGCUGUCUGAUGAUGACCAGGCCGUGUAUCAGAAUGAAGUGGAAGAUGACGAUGGUGCCUGUAGUUCAUUAUAUCUAGAGGAGGAUGACAUUUCUGAGAAUGAUGACUUAUGUCAAAUGCUGCCUGGCCACAUUCAGUAUUCCUUCACAGGUGGAAGCCAGGGAAAUUUAGGAAAACAAAAAGUGACUGAGAGAUCUCUGACCGAGUACAACAGCACAAUGGAGGGGGUAGAGCCUCAGCUGCUUAAAAGAAACGAAUGCUACAAACUCACUGGGCUGCACGCUACCACAGAUGAAAGCCAAAAACCUAACUUCUCUGCUGAAAGUUGUGGCCUAAAUUCAGGGGCCCAGUUUGGUUUUAACUACAACGAAGAAUCCAGUGUUGCUAAAUGUGUACAGGCCUCAGCACCUGCUGAUGAAAGAAUCUUUGAUUACUAUAGCACAAGAAAAGCCAGUUCUGAAGCUGAAGUCACACAAGACUCUAUUGGUGACACAGAAAAGAAGCCAGCUAGCUGGAGUCAGAGUCCUCAGAAUCAGGAAAUGAGAAAACAUUUCCCACAAAAGUUCCAACUUUUCAACACUUCAUAUAUGCCAGUGUUGGCUCAGGAUAGCCAACAUGAACACAAUCACUUGGAAGGGACAGAAAAUCACAGCAUGGCAGGAGACAGUGGAAUAGAUUCUCCACGGACACAGAGUCUGGCAUCUAAUAAUUCAGUCAUUUUGGAUGGACUGAAAAGAAGACAGAAUUUUCUGCAAAACUUUGAAGGCACAAAGAGUAGUCAACCACUCACAUCUAAUUCCUUACUACAACUAACUCCAGUCAUAAAUGUUUGAUUUUCUUUUGGAAACAUUUUUGUAAAAAGGUACAGCAUUACUACAGAAUCUUUCAAUCAUAUAAGAAUUGAGUAUAUAAGCAUUGUCUAAAGGCAAGCAUAUCUGUGUUAUUAACUACAUUAUGUAUUUUGUUUUAUUUACUGGCUUUUUUUUGGCAUCUUAAGUCUUUUUGAAGCUUAUUUUACUGUGAAUUUAUUGGGAGUAUGUAGACUAUUUUCAAUUAAAAAGUGGAAUUAUUGGUCCCCU